AUUGCAAAUUCCCGGACUGCUAGGAGAGAAGCAAGGGCGGAGGAGAGAGGGCUACCGCCGGCGCGGCGCUGGGGGCACCGGGUCCGGAGCGGCUGAAGGCUGGUCCCGCACGAGCUUCUCGCCUGCGUUCUUGCUCCGGUGGCCUCACCAGGAAGCGCCCGUCUCGACACUGGGGAAGCUCGGAGCGCCGCCCCCGCCGCCGUCGCCUCCCGCCUGGCUCUCGGUCCCGACCCCCCGCCCCUGCCCCAGGCCGGCUGCCUCCUCCUUCCCGGACGAUCCGGCUCGGGCGUCUUCCCCGGCUAUGGCUGGCCACUGAGCCAUGGCUCAGUACGGCCACCCCAGCCCGCUCGGCAUGGCUGCGAGAGAGGAGCUGUACAGCAAAGUCACCCCCCGGAGGAACCGCCAGCAGCGCCCCGGCACCAUCAAGCAUGGAUCGGCGCUGGACGUGCUCCUGUCCAUGGGGUUCCCCAGAGCCCGCGCACAAAAAGCCCUGGCAUCCACAGGAGGAAGAAGUGUUCAGGCAGCAUGUGACUGGUUAUUCUCACACGUCGGUGACCCCUUCCUGGAUGACCCCCUGCCCCGGGAGUAUGUCCUCUACCUCCGUCCCACCGGCCCCUUAGCACAGAAGCUUUCUGACUUUUGGCAGCAGUCAAAGCAGAUCUGCGGGAAGAACAAGGCCCACAACAUCUUCCCCCACAUCACCCUCUGCCAGUUCUUUAUGUGCGAGGACAGCAAGGUGGAUGCCUUGGGGGAAGCCCUGCAGACAACUGUCAGUCGCUGGAAAUGUAAGUUUUCAGCCCCGCUGCCCCUGGAGCUCUAUACCUCCUCCAACUUCAUUGGCCUCUUCGUGAAGGAAGACAGUGCGGAGGUCCUCAAGAAGUUUGCUGCUGACUUUGCUGCAGAGGCUGCAUCCAAAACUGAAGUCCAUGUGGAGCCUCAUAAGAAGCAGCUGCAUGUAACCCUGGCUUACCACUUCCAAGCUAGCCAUCUACCCACCCUGGAGAAACUAGCCCAGAACAUUGAUGUCAAACUAGGGUGUGACUGGGUGGCUACCAUAUUCUCCCGGGAUAUCCGAUUUGCUAACCACGAGGUAAUGUCUCACUGCAGCUUCUGA